UUUAGGGUAAGCAUUCUGCUUUUGUACUAAGCAGUAGUUAUGUAAAGUAAUUUUCUGUGCUCUAAAUAUUGUUGUGUUUACUAGAAGGUUUUUAAAUAGUUUACAAAUAUGGGUCUUAUAAGAGUUGCAAUAAAAAGUAGCAUUGCUGGAGGUAUAACAUACUAUACAGUUCAAGAAGGUCUUUGGUCUAGCCCAGAAGAUUCAGCUAAACUUUAUGACAAGUUGUAUAAAAACAUCAGUCCAAUAAUUCAGAAAAAUGUACCACAAGAAGUUAUCAAAGAGGUUCAUGAAUUACCUAGUUUGGGAAAUAUGAGAUCUUGUGCAGCGUCUUAUUACAAUAAAGGAGUUUUAGCCACGUUCCAAUUUCUAGCUGAUUUACCAACACAUAUUUCUAAUGGAGUUGACAGAAUCAAGCAGGAAAUUGAAAAAAGUAACUUAUUAGGCAAUGAAACAACAAAUACCCCUAACACUAAGUAGUUCAUUCUUGGUUUAACAUAAUUUUAAUCGAUUACUAGGUACUAAAAUUGCAGCAGCCGACGAGAACUGAAAAAUCAAACAUAAUUGUUUUAUAGUGAAGUGUAAAAUAUAUUUUUAUUUUUAGUUGAUUCUAUAUUGAAUCAGUUCCUUCAGAAAAAUAAAAAAUUAUUUAUAAAACUGCUGUGAUUAUCUGCCUGUAAUAAAAUUAUUUACCAAAAAAAUGCAGGAUAAAGAAAUAAAUAACAAGUUUUAGUUUAUGUUAUGAAAAAGAAAUAUCAUUUAAAAAAGCCUCUUAUACAGCAAUUUACAUUUAUGUCACUUAUAAGCAUUAUUUUCAACAAUCACUGAAAACUUCAGCGUAGCUGAAGCUCUUUUCGCUAUUAUUAAAUUAUAGAGGUAAUUUCAUAUGUAUAAAGCUUGAUACAACUUUUUACAAUUAUCAUCAAUUUAUAAAUUUGAUUGAAAGUCAAAUUCAUUGUACAGUAGCAAUUUUUUUCCAUUUUGUUUUGUUGCAGCGCUGAUUAUAUGUAAACUAUUAUGUUAUUAACAAUUCAUUUAAUUAAUAUUCAUCUAAUAAACGUUAAAAAUCA